AUGGUAUCAGGAGCAAUAUCUCCACCAUUGACUUCCGCUUCAUCUUCUACUUCUUCUGGCUAUGUUCAAUCAAAGGGGACUGAUGUUAAAGAGAUUGAACACAUCAAAACUUUACUAGAUGAAAAAUUCAGCAUUAAGGAUUUGGGAGUUCUCAAAUAUUUUCUGGGACUUGAAGUAGCAAGGACAAAAGCUGGAGAAACUAUCUCUAAUCCUACAGCAUAUAGAAGACUCAUUGGAAGAUUGCUGUAUUUGACUCACAGCAGGCCUGACAUUGCUUACACUGUAAGCAAACUUAGUCAGUCCCUUGAUGCACCAACCAAUGAACAUAUGCUGGCAGGAUUACACACUCUCAGAUAUCUCAAACAAUGCCCUAGACAAGGAUUGUUUUUCAGUGCUGAUUCGCCUCUUUACCUUAAAGGUUUUUCAGACUCAGAUUGGGCUUGUCCAGACACCAUAAGAUCUACCACAAGUUUUUGCUUCUUUCUUGGAAACUCUUUAAUUAGCUGGAAAAGUAAGAAGUAA